AAAUUGUGCCCCGCCUCCUGUGCCCCGCUGAGGGCACAAGAGGCAUCAAUAAUGCGCCAAAAGGAAUCCUGUGUCCAAUGAGGGAAAGCUACUGUAAUCGACUUCCCGGCUUCACAAGCAGCAGUGUUACAGAUGUAAUGUUCUUUAAUUGUAAAUAAGCAGAACAGGUGAUUUAAGGAUGCAGCGAAAUAGCGCACUCUGCUGCCGGAUGCCCCAUGCGGUGGUGUCUGAUAAUUAUGUUGACAGUUCUCUCUCUCUCUCUCUCUGGCUGAGUGUACUUUCGGUCAGGCCAUGCAGGGGCCCCUGGACAGGCAGGGCAGACAGAGAUGGGAGGAGGGAGGAGGGGAGGAGCGAUUAUGAUCGGAGCUCCCUGUUCCAGGAAAACAACCUAUUUAUGAAGUUUGUAGUAGGACAUCUGAAAAACAUGAUAAAAUAGAGCCACAUCUAUUAUAUUCUGGCUGAAGACCCUGGAUUGUGAGAGUGUUUCCCCAACGCUUACUUUGUCCACUCUGAGAGAGAAUGCCAGGUGUUUCACUGUCACACCCGAAUGGGAUGUAUGGCCUUGGUGACCUGGGUUUAUUUGUCUGACUUUCCCAGCUCCACACAGAAUAAUUCUCUCAUAAAUCAUUCUAAACACAAACUGAGUUCAACAAGAGACAGUGGUUUGGCACAAGCCAGGGAUGGUAGAUAACUCUCCAGUGAGCAAGGAGCCGUUUCUUCCUUAUAGUGGUUCUCCACCGGCCUACCGGCUGUCUGACAUGGUGACAGAUCUGGGUUCCUACCAUGUACUGCAGUCACCAUUUUCAGAGGAUGACCUGAGCGAGUCGUACAGCCCUCGUUCCUGCUCCAGCCCAGACUCCCAGGUGCUCAGUUCCAGCUAUAGCAGCAGUUCCAGUGCUGAGAGCCAGGAUAGCAUCCUGGACCACCUGCUGUCUCAGGCCUCUUUAGGAGGAGUCAGCAGUGAUCCUGCAGAGUCUGUGGCACCAAUACCAUUAUCCCCUUUUCUCUGGGACUUACGGAGAGAUGAGCCAUCCAAACGUGAGCCUAUAAAGGAGGAAAAUUUUGAUUUCUUCACUUGGUCCAAUGAGGAGACGGAGAAACUUGGAGGAUCCUUCCAACCCACUCUGGAAGAGAUUGAAGAAUUCCUGGAGGAAAAUAUGGAGGUGGUGACAAUGAAGCAGGGGAUCAGAGAAGGUUGCCCAGGGUUGGGAGUGGGACUGGAUGAAGCUCUUGGUGUAGAAGUUGGUCUUGAGUGGUGCAGGGAUGUGUCCUCUGAGCCUAAGUCAGAGCCAGAAGUUGAGUAUUCAGACCAAACUGUUCCCAGUGACAGCACUGCUGGCCUGGUCACUGUUGCCUGCAGUGAGACCAAAGCUACAUUAGUUAAACCCACACUUGAAUCCAGCGCAGAAGACAAGAAGGCAUCAGCCAAAGAGCCUUCAGAAGCAGACAGUGGCACUAACAGUAGUGGGAUGCCGGUCAUCCUACAGAUCCAGCCCCUUCAGAUCAAACAGGAGCCCAAAGUAGCACCUCUUACCCCAGCAGUCCAAAUCCCAUACCCUCCCCCAGCCUCAGACAUCAAAAUUGCACAGCUGCUGGUCAACAUCCAAGGUCAGACCUUUGCCCUGGUGCCCCAUGUCCUGCCCUCCCCCAACCUUAAUGUGUCCCCCAAGUUUGUACGUAUUGCUCCAGUGCCUAUUGCAGCCAAGCCUCUUGGCAUCGGGGAUAGCUCAGCCAACCAGGGAUCAGGGAUUCUUGUUGGAAGUCAAAAGUUUCCGAAGAACUCAGUGGCUGAUCUUAUCAAAAUGCACAAAUGCAAUUUUCCUGGCUGCACCAAGAUGUACACCAAGAGCAGCCACCUGAAGGCCCACCUUAGGAGGCACACGGGAGAGAAGCCUUUCGCCUGCAACUGGCAGGGCUGUGGAUGGAGGUUUUCGCGGUCAGACGAGCUGUCUCGACACCGGCGGUCCCACUCGGGGGUCAAGCCCUACCAGUGCCCUUUAUGUGAGAAGAAAUUUGCCCGCAGCGACCACCUGUCAAAACACAUCAAAGUGCACCGUUUUCCACGAAGCAGCCGGACACUAAACUCAGCAAACUGAUUCCCUGCUUGGAUGACUGGAGUCACUGUCAUACAGACAUAGGCCAUGGGAGCAAGGUGCGAGUAUAAACAUAUGGGAGUGUGCACACACUUUUGCACCUUCUUCAAGUCAAUAUGAAUAUGUGAGUCGAAGAAGCCCGUGCAUUUUUAUAAUCAACUUAUGAUUGUUUUAAUUUAUUGUAAACCGAUGCAGUUACCAUCCUGUCUGUAAUCAGCUGAAGGUUGUUGUUGCUGGUGGUGCGUUCAUAUGUUGUAUUCCUUAUAUUUGUUCUGGCCUUAUCUCCUGCCUCACCAGAAGAUAAGAUAAUCUUAUUUUUUUCAAUCUGGGCUAUGUGAUGGGCUUGAUAAUAGCCUUGCCUUUUAUCAUCCUGAAAGCUGCCAAUGUUUUGGACAUUCCUUAUCUUAUGCAAUGUUUAGGAAGUUUGCCCUACUUUUGCUGCCUUGCACCACAGUUCAUUGACAGAAAAGGCAGAUACAACAUUUGUCGUUCAGCCUGGUGUUUGACGCACAGGGAAGGAACUGUUAUACUACAUGGACAUAAACUACUGACUGCAUAAGAAAAUAAGGGAAAUCUAACCAUAAUUUUCAAGGAUUCAUCUCACAUGUUUACAGCAACUUUGUAAACCUACUGCGAGGGGGACAAGGAGAACAACAGAGCAACACAAGAACUGCAGAAGUGAAACACAACAAAAAGUACACAAUGAUUGUUCAGUCAGCCUUCUGAUCAGUAUUGUUCUUUGUUGUUAUUUUAUUAAGCUAUUAUACUGUAUGUACCUGCUUGCUGGUUUCCUAUGAUUAUCACUUUUCUGGCCUUACCAGAGAGCCAGAUGGUUUUGGAAAUCAGGCUUUUCAGUAAUCCAUAUUUUAAUCAGGUGUUGAGUGAUCAUUCAGAUUGUGUCAUAAUAUGGCACCUUUCAUUCAUGGUCACAGAACUGAAUGCCUCAGUCUUUCAGUGUCAAAUAAUGUCUUUUUUUCUGAAUUCUUAUUUUGCUGAUGGAUUAACCCGACUUGACACAAAAGCUGCUUUGUCUCUGCUUCAUCUGUUACCGGAGACUGGAGACACCCUGACAGCUGCUGACCUGAGCUGGCAGUUAUUUUGUUGAGGUGACAUUAAUGAACAUGGUGCUGAACUACCAGGAAGAUGAGCUUCUGGGAAAUGUAGUCAUGACAUCCCUUUUGAGUCCAUGAUACGCUUUCUAAUGCCCUGUUGCUUGCAAACAUUGUUUGCUAUUUGUAUCACGCCCCACUGUGAAUAUGUAGGAGUGUGACGCUGCCGCCGUUGUAUCAUUCAUGUAUGUAAAAUGACAGCAAGUAGGGGUGCACAACUUUGUACAUCAUUCCUUUCAUUCAAUUUUCGAAUUUUUAAUGCUUGUGUGAACAAGGUGUUUUAUUGCAUCCUAUGAAUGUAUGUAAAUAUGCAGGCGUGUACAUCGCUACAUCCAGGAAACACAGAAGGACUAUUCUGAUGCCAUAUCUGAAACAAAUCAGUGGUUGUGAAGAGUUCUAGUAUAAACCCUAAAUGUGUACAUAACUUGAUG